UUUGAGAAGAUUGGCAUAUUUAUCUAACGAGGUAUAAGUCAAGGUGGCAUAUCUACUACAAGUUAUGAAUGGGCUGAACUCGGCAUUUACGGCAGCAUGCAGUGGAAUAAAGACAAGUGAAGAAUCACUCUUCUAAGACACUGGUGACAUGGAAGAAGAUGAAGAUGACAUUUGGGAUUAUAAAUCUAUCAAGAAAGUCAAACGGAGUGAGGGUAAACCUAAGAGAGGAGCGAAAUAUCAUCAGAAGAAUCUAGCAAUUAAACAACCAUCAAAUAGUUCCCAAGAUAAGGGGAAAAGAAAAACACCAACAAAAGUCAGAAAGAGACAGAAAACUCCCCAGAAGAAAAACAAGGAAUCAUCCAGCCUUACUAAGACCAACCAGACCCCUACACGUCCUCAGGGUGUGUGUCCGAAUUGUCAGGUGCCCCUUGCAUGUUUAGGGAUUUUAUCACCAACCUGGCAUGUUACAGAGUGUAUAGAGGCCUGGUUACAACCCACUGUAGACUGUCCAGAGGGUUUGUCAUGUGACAGUACAAUAGAGAAUCACUAUAGAGAGUUCUCACAUCACAGACUGGCACUAGCUCGAUGUACUAACUUAACUAAGAGUGAAGAGUGUACAGAAAACCAAGAGGAAAACAAAAUAGCAAGAAAGGAAUUAAAAUUUCCUGAAGAGUUUGUUCCAAAUCUGAAAAAGAUCUCAACAGCAGAAGAAGUUGGGAGCGAAGUCAAGGAUGAUAAUAGGUCUGAUGCUGAAAGUGAAGAUUUGCUAAGUCAGAGAAGUUUGUCAGACAUUUUGGAUGCUGUUCAGAGUGACAGUGACAUAGAUAAAGUCUCAUCGGAUGAGGGAUCUGAUGAAAAUGAAGAUGAAGGAUUGGUAAGCAGUUUAUUGCCAGAUGAGGAUGGCGACAGUUUACAGGCAGAAAGCACUCUGUGUUUCUCUACCGAAGAAGAUGAAUUAAAAGAUUUACAAAAACUGGAAUCACAGGAUAUUUUUGGGAAUUAUGACAACACGCUUUGUUUUUCCUCGCAAGAUGAGACUUUUGGAAAAAAUGAAACUUGUAAACAAAAUGAAAAGACACAGAACAGUAAGAGGAAGUCUUCAUCACCGGUGAAGAUAAGUCCGAGGAAGAAGAAUAAAACUCAUGAGAAAAAGAGCGAUGAUGUACUAUUCUCAUCAGACAAGGAUGGUAAACAACUUGAUAAUCUUGUCAUGGAGAACACAAGUUGUUUAAAAACUCAAAAAUCAGGAGGUACAAAAAAUUCUUUGAGUAAAGAGGAAGUGUGUUUAUAUAUAUCUGAUUCAGAUUCAGAUUUCAAAGAUUGUGAAAGUUCCGCUUCUCUGUCUCAGAAAAUGCAAUGGGCCAGAAUACUCACACCACAAAAAUGUUCACAAAACUCGGGUAGCUCUCAGAAACACUCAGGGAGAAAAAGCUUGUCACAGAAGUCUACCUCCUCAAAAAAGUCCUCUGCCAAGAAGCGUAAAAGUUUGCCUGCAAAUUCAAUGACCUCACAGAAAUCUGAAGAAAAGAAGAAUGGUUUACCUCCAAAGCCCAACUCAGGUAAGAAGAGGAAGGAACAGUCUGAUAUAAAGAUCACCUCAGAUUGUAAUUCAGCAUUAAAAAUUCAUUCUAAAACCCAAGGAAAACGAUCACAGUCUGUGACAACAACACAAGAUAUCAGUGUCAUGAAUGGACACAAAAGCAACAAACAAACUUCUCUAACAUCGUUUUUCUAUGGAAAGAAUGUAAGAUCCUCAGCCUCAGGGACCAGUGUACAGCAGCAAGUCACCUUUACGUCUAUCGUGUCUGAUUCAGAUAUGGAAACAUGUACUCUGAUCACUGAAAGUAGUGAAUUUGUGACUUCUAGAGUCAGUAGAAGUGCACUAGAUGAAGUUACAAACAAAGUAAAUAGUUCAACAUGUCAAGAGGCUGUUCCAUCACAGGAAGGCAUUGGUGGUUUACGAAGGAGUCAACGAAAGCUAGGAGAUAGUAAGACAAUAAUUGAUAAGAAGAACUCGUCAAAUACUGUUGUGACAAAUAUUUCCUCAGGUAUGGGCAGUGGGUUUGGUUCCUUGAAAACUAGACCUACAAAGUUAGGUAAUAUGGACUCUCAAAUAACUAAUAAGAACUUGGCUGUUGAGAGUAGUAAGCCCAAUGCAAUGGAAUUUCUGAUGUCAAAGCAAGACAGGAAAAGCAAACCAAAGGCAGUGGAGAAGUCUGUUAAGGAGGUGAAAGUUUCAGAACUUACGAUUCCAUCGGCAGAAGGUCAACAGAGUAAGCCAAGCAGUUACAGCAAGAAGAAUUGUCCAUUCUACAAAAAAAUCCCAGACACUGGUUUUACUGUGGAUGCCUUUAGUUACGGAGUCAUUCCAGGUUGUAGAGGGUACAUUCUAUCCCAUUUUCAUUAUGACCAUUAUAUUGGUAUGACAAAGUCCUUCUCACAACCAAUCUACUGUAGCAAGAUCACCGCUAAUUUGGUUAUCUCCAAAAUCAAAGUAAAUGAGUCCAAUGUUCAUGCUUUACCAAUGAACAAGCCCUGUGUUGUGGAUGGGGUGGAGCUGACAUUCCUAGAGGCCAAUCAUUGUCCUGGGUCUGUGCUGAUCCUAUUCAAGUUAAAGGAUGGUAGAGUGUUUCUACAUACUGGGGAUUUCCGAGCUGACCCCAGUAUGGAGAAGUAUCCCCCCUUGGUCGGAGUUCGAAUAUCACAGCUUUACCUAGAUACUACCUACUGUAAUCCUACCUAUGCCUUUCCAUCCCAGAGAGAAGUGAUAGAGUUUACAGUUAACUUGGUACAGAAUGAACUUCAGAGAAACCCAAAGACUCUCAUUGUGUGUGGAUCAUACACCAUAGGCAAGGAGAGGGUCUUCAUAGCUGUUGCUGAGGCCCUUAAGUGCAAGAUUUGUGUUUUGCGGGAUAAGAAGAACAUCUUGGACUGUUUGGAAGAUGACAGCCUUAGAAAGAAACUCAGUCUGAAUUUCAAUGAUUCUUGUCUCCAUGUUUUACCCAUGGGAAAAUUAAAGCCAAAGGCUCUUAUGGAACACUCUGAGAAGUUGACUGUCCAGUACCAAAAUAUUCUGGCACUAGAACCUACUGGUUGGACCUUCAGCAAAAUCAAUUCUCUGCAGGAGAUAAGACCCAAAUACAACAGGGAUGGCAUCAAGAUUUAUGGUAUCCCAUACUCUGAGCACAGCAGUUACUUGGAGUUGGAGAGAUUUGUACAGUUUAUAAAGCCUAGUAAAAUAAUUCCUACUGUUAAUGUGGGAAAUCCUGCCAGCAGAGCUAAAAUGAACAAGAUCUUUCAACAGUGGCAGCAACAGACUCCAAAAGCUGUUAAGAAAAACACACAGACUUCGAUAAGCUCAUGGGCAAUGUAACUAGUUAUAUAAUUCUCAAAGCAAACAUGUACCAGUACAUGUAUUUUACACACAGUGUUCACAAAAUUAGAACAUCUUAGAGAAUCAAAAAUUAAGUGGCAUUUUCCGUUGAUUCUGUUAUAUUUUUGAUAGAGUGAAUUGCACAUUUUUACACUGUACCUCAAGGAUUUAAAAUGUUUAGGGACAUUUUUCUCAUGAUCCCAAGGGUAAUUCUCAUGUAAUUUUUUCUUGUGCAUGAAAUUUGUGAAGAACCUUGUUUUUGUAUAUAUAAUAUUUUAUUUAUUUUUUGAUAGUAUAAAACCCUUUUGAAUAA